AUGGCUGUCGACCCAGAGCAUCAGAGGAAAGGACUUGGAGAUGCUAUUCUCAAGACAUUAGUGGCGAAGAUCAAGCAGGAUGCUCCGGCAGAUGGGAAACCUUAUAUUUCGUUGUUGGCUGAUGGGCCGGGGAGACCGUUGUAUGUGAAGAACGGGUUUGUGGAUAGUGCGCCGGCCUCGCUGGGUAUGAUCCUUGAAUAUUAG